AGAGGUUUCUGACGUGUGUGGUGUUCCCUUUUGCAGUCAAGUCAGGUGAUUGAUAGGCCCCGUUGAUUUAAUUUUUAAGCGGUGUUUAAAAGUGUAAUUGCAACGAUGAAGCACCAACAGGUUAUUCCGGACUACGCCGCAAUGGUGCAAACCUCCGGCACCAUGCUUUGCCUGGUCUUUUCCGGAUGGGUUCUGUUUCGUCUAGUCCAAGCCGUCUUCUGGCUGCCGGGCUAUCUGGAGAAGACCGGCGGAAGUUUGUACCAAAAGAUGGAACCGAAGACGCCGCUGGCGCCGCAAAAAGCAGCCAGCCUGAGCAAGAAGCCGUCGUCCAAGGCAAAAGAUUCCGACGACGAGACGGAGGAUGUCAUCGAUGACGCAAUAGAGAGCAGCGACGCUGGAACGACGGCGGAAGAGGAAAAGGGAAACGAAGAUGCGGUCGAGCAGGAAAAGGUGGAUGACGAAGAAGAGGGCGAGGAGGAUCAACUUCCAGCCGGAAGCAAGAAGGAUAACUGAAUUUGAAACGCACGCGUGGUUUACAUUUGUAAAUUGUCUUUCUUUUUUCUUUAUUCAUUUGUUUAUUUACAGUUUAUGAUUUUUUUUUCUCUCUCUUGUUUAGUUCAGGCUAUGAAACUAGAUUUCACUUGGUUUUCUCUAAACACUCUCAUCAUUUUUUGUCUGGUCUUUGAUUAUGUUUUUCGCUAAGUAAGAACAACUUGUGGUCAAUCACGAAAGUAACUAGUUCUACACUUAAC